AGUAGGGACCGGGGUGCGCGGUUCGGCCCCUCCAGCAGCCGCACGCUCCGGGCGAGCGAGUUUGGGAGGAUGAGCAGCAAAGAAGACCCGAGCAAGUGCUGUCCGGCGGCUGCUCCCAUCUCCAGUUUCACCAUCCAGUCCAUCCUGGGCAGCGGCAGCUCCGAGCCCCCCCGGGAGGCCGGUGGCAGGGCGGCCGCCUGGCCCGCCCGUGGCCGGACCCUCUCUCUCUCCUCGGAGGACGAGGAGCCGGAGGAGAGCUGGAAGCACCGCGGCUGCUUCUGCCCCGAGGCGCACGGCCCCGCCGAGGCGUGUCACAAGCACCAGCCCCUCAGCUUCACCUGUCUCGGCAGCGCCAAGGGGAGCGGAGCGGCGGCGGCGGGCAGCGGGGAGCGGGGGCCGUUCCUCUCGCCCCCCCAGCAGGACUGUAAGGAGGAGAAGGAGAAGCCGCUGGGACCCGCCUCGCCUUCCUGCGGGGACCGGCAGCGCGACGGCGGGGACCGGCAGGCCGGCGCCGCCAAGAAGAAGACGCGCACGGUGUUCAGCCGCAGCCAGGUCUAUCAGCUGGAAUCCACCUUCGACAUGAAGCGCUACCUGAGCAGCUCGGAGCGGGCCUGCCUGGCCUCCAGCCUGCAGCUCACCGAGACCCAGGUGAAGACCUGGUUCCAGAACCGCAGGAACAAGUGGAAACGGCAGCUCUCGGCCGAGCUGGAGGCGGCCAACAUGGCCCACGCCUCGGCGCAGACUCUGGUGGGGAUGCCGCUGGUGUUCAGAGACAAUUCCCUCCUCCGAGUGCCGGUGCCCCGGUCCAUCGCCUUCCCCGCCCCUCUCUACUACCCCGGCAGCAACCUCUCGGCCUUACCGCUCUACAACCUCUACAACAAGAUCGACUACUGAGCUGCCGCACUCCCCUCCCCGCAGCCGCCCCGUCGGGGCUGGGACCGGGACCGGGGACGGAGCCGCCGCGGGGGCUCCGUGCGGGGGCUCGGCCCGGCAUCCGCGGCGGGGACAGAGGAACGAAACUGAUGGGAGGGACGGGCAAACGGAGAGCCCGGGGCGCCGGGGGCACCCCA